UUGAGUAGAUCAGGCAGUUUAUGGAAAUGUGGGGCUUUUCAGCGGCGCUCACGCCUCAGUUUACACUGAUCACGUGAUGCAUGGCGCCUCAUUUCCCCCUGGCUAUGAACCGUGCCUCAUAGACGUUAGCCCGGUAGCCGUUAGCCUGAUCCGCCGCGAUGAAUGUGCCCGUUGAGGUGCAGCUGGCUGCGGUCGUGGAGUCUCUGGUCUUCGCCUCGGUUGCCGAGCUGUGGAAGCUGCUGGAGCCCAGACCGGGCUUCCUGAUGUCGGCUUCAGUGCAGGCCAUGAGCCGCGGCAAUGUGAUUCAGUUUGCAUCCGUCAUGGAGACGCUGGGUAACGAGGCUUUGGGAAAGAUCUUAAACAUCUUAGAUGGGCUCAAGUGUCUGAAGCACAACGAGGCGACAAAAGACUUGAAAACACCACAGACUAGUAUCCUCAAUGUCCUCAGCGCUGUACGCCUGAAAGAUGAACACUCGUACGGAGGUGACUCUCAGACCUCUGAUGAUGUCACUCAGAUGUCUGAACCUGACCAGGAAAAUUAUGAAGAUCAGUUCAUCCUGGCGGUCACUGUGAAAGGUGAUGAUGGCAACAUCAACCUGGAAGACAUUGCAGACAAGGCCAAAGCUGCAGCCACUGAGCGUUCUGCUUCUGACCGCACGCCUGAUGUUGUGAUGCAGAAUGCGACUCAGAUGCGCUUCACGUGCACGGUCUGCAGCAAGUUGUUCAUGUCACCAAGCGACCUGAUGGCCCAUGACUGCAGCCAUACGGCUGACACACUAUAUGCCUGCGGCAUGUGCAGUAAAACCUUUCAUCAGAAGCGGUCUUUGCAGGUUCACAUGCGUGUGCACAGUGGUGAGAAGCUGUUUACGUGCACAGAGUGCGGCAAAGGCUUCUCCAAAAAGACGCACCUCAAGACGCACACCAUCAUCCACACAGGCGAAAAGCCCUACGGCUGCCACGUGUGCGGCCGCCGCUUCAACCUGCGGCAGAACCUCAACCGCCACGCCCACAUUCACACCGGAGAGAAGCCCUUUGUCUGCAAAGUGUGCGGGAAACGCUUCACACGUACCGUCACGCUGAGAAGCCACGAGCUCAUCCACACAGGCCAGAAGCCCUUCAGGUGCGAGCACUGCUCAAAGUGUUUCCGCCAUGUUGUCAACUUGAAGAAUCACCAGAGGAUCCACUCAGGUGUGCGGCCGUACAACUGUGACGACUGUGGCAAGACCUUCCGCCAGUUAGUCAACCUAAAGACCCACCGGCGCGUCCACACUGGCGAGCGGCCAUACGUGUGCAAGGAGUGUGGGAGGGCGUUCACCCAGAAGAGCAGCCUGGUGAUGCACGGUCGGACGCACUCCAUGGAGCGCCCGUUCAGCUGCAGCAACUGCGAGAAGACCUUCAAUAACAACAACACCCUCAAGGUGCACAUGCGCAUCCACACGGGAGAGCGACCGUACGAGUGCCAGGUUUGUGGUAAGACCUUCAGCCAGGGGAGCCACCUGCGGACUCACUGUCACCACAUCCACAGCGGCGGCAAACAGUACAUCUGUGACAUGUGCGGGAAGCGAUAUUCUGACAAGCGCAACCUCAGGCUGCACAAAUGUGUCUUUGCACACACGUGAAAGUCCCACCCACCUGGAGUGUGAUUGUGGGAAGUCAUUGGUUCUUUGAUCUGAUGUGGUGCCUAGCCACAGUGCUAAUGAGCUAAGCUAGCGGGUAUGUGAGGCUCAGGAAUAGGAUCUCCUCGGAAUUUGUUUCAGAACGUCACCUGCCAAAAGAAGGUGAAGGUAUUAAUGUUGCUAAGGUUGGCUAGCCGAUAUGCUCUAACGUUCAGGGUCUGUUAAAGGGUAAAAUAAUAAAUGUUGCUGUUUAACAUCAAAUUAAAUUGUUUCAUGUGUC